GCUUGGAGAAGACAGCACAAUCUCUGUUGUGAAAGGUCAGCUAUACCUUUGCUUUUGGGUCCGGCCAAGUUCCCUCUCCACUGCUGGGUCAGCUGGACUUGAAAGGGAGGAGGACUUCGCUGCCCAUGCACAGGUCUCUGGGGACAGAUGGAGGCUGUGGGUUACUCGCUGUGCAGGAUCUGGCUGCUUUUCAUGCUGUUCUGGCCGGGACAAGGGAGGCAGAUGGCUCCCCCAGGGUUUGUAGAGAGCAGUUGCCGCUCCAGGAUCUUUUGGAUGAAACUAAAUAAACUCUUGCUCCAGGGAAAGUUCUUCCAGCUGGAAAUCAAUGAUCCUUAUGCUGGACCUAUUCUGCUGGAUGAGAAACUAGCGUCUCGCUGUGGCUACGUCCUGUCAGAAGACGUGUGGGGCAACCCUGUCUUCCGUGCAUCAGUGCUCGGCUGUCAUGUGGUCAAUGAGGCAGAUGAGUUGUUUUCACUGACUGUGAACAUCAAGGUCUCCUCAUUUUCAAGCAUGAGGGCAGCUGUGACAUACACCUACCCUAUGUACUGCUCCUACUCUUCCUGGGCUUCAAGAGAAAUUGUGUGUGAAGAAAACUACAUGGAGGUGUCAGUGAAGACUGAUGUCCCUGCAGUCUCAAAUGACUACACUGUGGCGUGGAUGUCAGCACUGCCAGAGACUCAGAAUGUUGCAUACCAGCUGUGGCAACUGGUGUUUGUUUCUCCGUCCGGGAGAAAGCGAGUAACGGUAAGCGAGGCAGCAAAGCUGGGCUACAGCUUCAAUAACACCCUGUCCCGAGUGCACCUCCGAGCGCCCUACCACACCAACGAGUCCGACGUCAGCACGGUCAAUGGUGUAAAUAUGAACAUGGUCACUUCCACUUCCAUGUACAGGCAGCGGUGGCUGCUUUUGCUGAUAGACACGACUGUCUCCUGUCCUGUUGGUGGCAUCAGUUUCACUGAUACUACGCUAACAUGGACUGUGCCAAGUGUUAUCCCUACAUUAGUGGUUCAAGAAUCCACCUUUCUGUCUAAUAACAUCUUAAUGGGAGUUGAUGACGAAAUCAUAGUAAACCCGGAGGAGAGGAACUAUUUACUGGAGCACAACAAGACACACAUCAGAAUAACAAUCCCUAUUGGAGCAGAAGGAGGCAAGCUAAAGAGCUCCAUAUCUGGUGGUGUAUAUGGAGUCAUUUACAGUAUUGACUUGUUUUUGGAGCACACAUGGACAGAUGCAGAUUGGCAGACCACAAAGUAUAUUGUUAUCAAAUCCAUCACCACACCUUUCAUGCCACAAAUACCGACUGUUAUCAACAAUACUCUGCCAGAGGAAAGGCUAUUUAAUGUUGCAUUUGGACACUUUCUUCCCGACAUCUCUCUGGUGGCAAUCACAAUAGGAAAUGUGCCAUUUACCCUGAGGGAAGCACAGCACCACGGGUUUAGGAUUUACGAAACUCCCUUUUCUAAUAGAACAAAAGGUUUUAUUCUGGAAGUCUCUUUUGAUGAUCCCUAUGUUCUAAAGGAGUAUGUGAACAGAAAUGAAACUAAAUACAUCCUCCUUGUUAACUACACUAUGAGCGUGGAUCUGGAGCCGACGCUCUAUUAUCAUUCCGCAGAGGUGGAGUGUGUGGUUGCUGAUAUUGAAAUACCAGAAGCAGUUGGUUACUGUGAUGAAGAAAACCUGUAUCUAUCCAUCCCUACUUUUGGCUUACACCAGUAUUGGAACCUGUAUCUUGGUAACAAGCUCCUGAACCGGCACAUUGCACUUACCAAUGGGUAUCUUGCAGCUACCAACUCUACCCACCUGAUCUUGCAAGUCCCUCUGUUUGCUGUGGGAGUUGUCUAUGAGGUACAUGGACUGUACAGCAAUGCCUUCUUUAAAGCACUAUGCCACCCAGAUGGUACCAUAAUGAUAUCAGCCCAAAUGAAGACAGUUCCUGCCAUUGAUAUGAGUAAAACAAAACUAAGGGAUAGCUCCUGCAAGCCUAAGGAGUAUAAUGAAGGACAUGCCUUCUUCACGUUCCAUGUCACUACCUGUGGCACUUCAGUAAGGUUUGAAGGUGAUCACAUUAUUUAUGAAAAUGAAAUCUUUUAUGAGAAAGAGACUCUUCCGGAACAGAGCACGCCGAGAAUCACAAGAGACCCAGAGUACAGUAAACAGAAGGAUAAGAGAAGCCCUGAAUGUAGUUUCAAGAGUGUCCAAAGGUGUGAGAUUAAUGGCAGUGAGUAUGUUGCAGAGUUCUGUCCAGUAGCUGUUGGCCCCAGGGUGAAAGACCCUUCUCAUUUUAAAAGGCUAGCAGUAAGGACCCUGGCACGUCGACUGGAGCAGCCCUUCCAGGUCACCGUUCAGCCAAUCUCCAGGGCUAUGUACUUGCUGGACCAGUCUGGAUUGUUGAUCCAAAUCUCAGUUGAUGCAUGUAAACUGAAUUUG